AUGGAAGGAAAACUUAGUUAUAGGGAAACUGGUGAAGAUCGCCUGUUUUCUAAUAAUAGUGACGAAGAAAAUGAAUAUGAACAAAAUGAUCAAGAUAUCUUAGACGAUUUCGUAUCGUUUCCUACUAUUCCCGACCCAGAUCAAGAACAUUCCAAGACACUCACUAAGAUAUUUUCCAAGACGCUUCGUAAGGUGACAUCGAAUGCACAUCAUCUUGUCCAAAAUUAUUCGUCUCCUAAAUCACGUACAACUAGCGGAGAUAGCUAUCAUGAUAGAUUUCCCGAGAGCCCGGUGAGAAUGCCAACUUUGACUACCACGGCGAUUAUACAGCCUGAGACAGAUAAAGUGAGCCAAAAGACUAUAGAUAAUACUUCUCUCAUGUCAUCACGGCUAUCAAGGGUGUCUUCCCCAAUAAUGGAACCGUCUUCAGGAACUCCACAGAUUAGAGUAUCGGGACUUAAAUCCUCUGAAAAUAUAUCCAAAUCUCCUAGUAAUUCGGACAUUAUGGGCAUACCAGGAAUAUCGAAUAAUAGUAAAGAUGAUGUUUCAAAUACGAAUAAACCAAACCAACAACCAAUGCAUGUAAGGUCGAGCAUUGCUCGCACAGAUGUUCCAAAAGUCAAAUCAGAUAAUAAAAGUUUACGGUUAUCCAGUAUGAGGGCUCCUCAUUUGUCAUACGCAUCCAUGAAUAAUAGUGCUACGAGCUCAGUUAUCAAUGUGAGUGCUCUUGCCAGUACGGACAAGGGUGAAACUUCGAUGAAUAUGGAUAUUUCAACCCACAAACCACUGCAAUCGACAAAUUCAAUGGUGUCAAAUGUAACUGGAAAUAAUAACACUAAUGACAAUAAUACUAACAACAUUUCACAAAAGGAUAAGCAGAAGAUUCUUCAAAACCGAAUAUCUUCGAUCUUCAACAAUUUACCCAAUGAUAUAGAACUAUCUGAAGAUUCUGCAUCAGAUUUGGAAACAAUAAAUAAUGUUAGUAUCUCACCAUCUACAAGCCACGCAAACAUUGCAUCAAUAAAUGCUCAUGACAACUUACUACUCGAAGAAAAACCAGACACAUCACCUAUAAGGAACCGUUCGCAGAACGUCCAAGAAUAUUCGCCAACAUCGAUCGCUUUCACCAAUUUCAGAAAUUUGCAUGAUAAGACUAGCAAAAAGAAGAGUUCGUCUAAUAUACCCAGUUUAAUACUAGAUAAUGCCAAAUCUAUCAUAAAUAGCAAUAUAACUGGAUCAGUCGUAUCAUCAGCUUCUUCGAUUGUUACUUCAAGAAGCAGAAACAAAAACAAAAAGAAGAAGAAACCUAGAAAAUCAUCUGAAAAUCCUUUGAAGAAUGGAGGUAUACCAAAGCAAUAUUGGAUGAAUGAUGCAUUUGUAUCCGAUUGCCUUAAUUGUUUCAAACCUUUUACAGCUUUCAGGCGGAAACAUCAUUGUCGCUUCUGUGGUCAAAUAUACUGCUCAGACUGUACUUUAUUCAUAUCAUACACAAGGCAUAAAGAAGAAAGAAAGAUGGGCAAAAAGUCAGACAAAAGACAUUUUAAUGAUAAAUUAAGAGUAUGCAAAGGUUGCUAUAACGAUGUAAUUGUUUACUUAAGCGACGACUCGUCGUCUUCUUCAUCUAAUUCGGAUUAUGAUUCAGAAGUCGUAAUUAUUGAAGAAAAUGAAAACCUGGAAGAGGUCCCAAGUCCCCAACUCCAAUUGUCAAGAAUACGCUCUCUAUCAAUUAGUUCAAGACGUGAUAGUUUGAUUAAUGAAGCGAAUAUAAAGAAUGCAAACAAAAGUUUCAUAAAUAAAGACUAUAAAUCAAUCUUAGAUAAAGCAAACAACUCGAUAACAGAAUAUCCAGGCAAUGAUGAUGCGGAUUACUCAAUAAAUUUUCGCAAACAUUCUUAUCCAGCUAACGUUGAUUCGAAUAAUAUGAAGCCAUAUAUUAAGCAGGCGCCUCAAAUGGCAAUCCCAGCCACAAGAAAAGGGGAGGCUGUUGAAAUUCCUAUCCCUAAAAGCUCGUAUACAAAUAGUAUAUUAUCCCAUAAUAUAAUAGGUGAUGCGCAUUUUACUCAAAGUCCAAAUAAUGAGCCGCUUGGCUACAAUAAUACUUCGUGGUUUAAGAACUAUACACAUUUAAAAGCCUAUAACCUACCAUCAUCUUCCGAAUCUAAAUCCAAUAGUUUUAAUAGUCAUAUGUAUAACCCAUUCUUGGGGAAAAGAAAAAUUAAUAGAUAUAGCAAACCUUCUUCGGACCAGCAUGACUAUCAUUCUAUGAAAACAAGAAACAAAAGAUCAGAAUUAAUCCUGCAGAGUGACAUAGAUACGGAAACUAGUAAUGAAGAAGAUGAAGGCAAUAAUGAAGAUAUCGAGAGUGAAAACGAAGAUGAACAAGUCAUGUCGUUAUAUUCUUCUUUGAAUCACAUUGAUUCUAAUAAUUCGACUACCACUUCCGCUUUAUCACCUCGUCAACCUGGAUCGCAUACGCUUAUUCUGUCAAAUACCGCCGUUCCUACUUUGGGUGAAUUUCCAACUAUGUUUGCAAAUGAGAAAUUAUUCCAGAGAAAUUUUACAAAGCGUAACUCGAAAUCAUCGCCUUUGGUCUCUAAGCUUUUUCAAAAUAGUACCAGCUCUAUUGGAAGUGGUAAUAUCAGUAACUCUAAUGAUUCACAUAGCAAUGGCCAAUCUUCAUUCCCAUUUCUCGAUGAAAAGCCCAAUGAUAGUUUAAGAUCUCAUGAACGGGCACAUGCAUCUCUAUUAAGAAUGAGGUCAAGGCGUAAGAGCAAGUCGGCGAGGAACGUUCUGAUUUUAACCCAUAAUAAUAAUAAGCUUCAGGGCCUUGAUACAUCCCUUAUUCAAUACCAAUCUCCAAUUUCAACACCUACCUCACCAAGACCCACUUCUCAAACAUCAUCAAACAUGGCAUCGAACUUAACUAAAGGCUUAUCAAACGACGAUACACCAACAUUUAUAGGGAAUUCCAAACCUUACUUAUCUGCUUCUAGUGUACCUAUCUUAUCCGAGUCAUCACCAACGCAAACCAUUUCACCUAAUAUACCUAAGAAUGAACCGACUAGUGGUAUUAGCAAAAGCCUAUCGAGCAAAACUGCUAGAAGCUCUUCUACGGAUAUUGCAGAUACUGCAAGUAUUCGCAAAGAUAUUUUAUCCGUAAAUGACAUACCUAGCAUCGAUUUUAAGCCUAAAGAACUUAUAUACAGAGAUUUCUUGGAUACUAUGAUGAAGCAGUGUUUGGAGGAUUGUGAAAUUAAAGAAGACCAAGAGAGAUGGUGCAAAGCACUAAAGAAAGUUCUCUCCUACAUCAACUAUAUCAAAUUGACCGAUACAAUAGACAUUAGGCAAUAUGUAAAAAUCAAGAAAAUUCUAGGUGGAACAAUUGAAGAAACUAAUGUUAUUGAUGGUAUGUUUGCAACAAAAAAUAUAGAUUCCAAGAGAAUGUCUUCAAAAAUUGAAAACCCGAAAAUAGCAUUGCUAAUGUUUCCCUUAGAAUAUUUGAAACAAAAGGAGCAGUUCAUUAGUUUAAGAAUAGUUCAUUCUCAGCAAUCGGUUUAUAUAACUAACUUAGUUUCUCGUCUAAUAGCGUUGGAACCAGACAUUAUUAUUGUGGGCGAUUCUGUUUGCGGUUUUGCAGAAAAGCUAUUGCUUGAGGCAAAUAUAACUGUGAUUUCAAAUACAAAACCACAAGUUAUUGAAAGAAUCUCUCGGUACACCAAAGCAAAUAUUUUUCAAUCGAUUAAUGAUUUAUUUUUUAAAAAGGGUCAUUGGGCACUUGUGAGAAGUUUGAGGUAA